AACUAGAUAAAGACACAGCCGCCUAUGAAUAAUUACUAUUGGCUAGAGCUGUAUGCUCAAGUGUGGCAAUGACAUCAAGAGCUGUUGUUUAGCUACUGUCUAUCCCCUCCAACAUUUAUUACUCACUUGCUCAGCCUCCAAGCUUCCAAGACCUGACUAACAUCCAAUUGGAUAUUUUACCCUUAAGGCACCUAAGUUGUUAUACGACAACUUUCCUUGCGAUCGCGAUUUUGUGAGUGUCGCAAACUUGAGCUUACUCGCCAACUCUCUACUUGCCUACCUUGAGCCUCUCAGCUGAUCAUUCCUCUAACAACCAGUAUCCUUUUUUACUAUACUUGUCGCUUUAUAUAGCAGUUCGUUUUCUCGCUUGUCUAUAUUGAGGUAACUAUACAGUAACCAGUCGUCUGUCAAUUCAAUUCCGCUAUGAGUGCUCAUCCAAGCCAUUCGCCGAUUCCAGGCGACAAUCCCAAUUACCAUGCUGAGCUAGCCGGCACUACUUCCCAGUCAGGUUCGUCCCAACCCAGUACAAUUCAGCAAGGACAAUAUCCCCCUCCUCCUCCGGGUCCUCCGCCAUCUUCUGGGGCCGACUCAACCUACUACCCGCCGCCGCCGCCAGGUCCUCCUCCAGCAACUCAACUUCACGAUGAUUAUCCUCCACCUCCAGGUCUGCCACCUUCGCAUCUAGAACAAUAUUAUUACCCGCCUCCACCACCUGGUCCUCCUCCGAAUCAGGACUAUGCGUCGCAAGAAGGGCCAAAUUACCCACCGCCUCCGAGUUAUUCGGAAAUAGGAGACGGGCCUGGGGUUGUCGUGACUGACGAAAAACCACCAAUCCUUCCACCGCGCCCCGUCUCGUCUCAAGGAGCGCAAUCAGCGCCGCAUUUCCCUCCACCUCCUACCGAAGCCUCCCUCCCCCACGCCGCUGCAAGUCUUCAUCCCCAGCAACACCAGCAACAGCCGUCUACGCCUACCACUGAUGCCCCCUCUUCUUCUACGACGAAAGUCGGCUUUGGACGCAAGCUGUAUGAAUGGGGCACCAAGGUCGGCGCCCCCAUCAACAAACUGACCAACAAACUUGGUUCCGAAGCAUUCUUCCCUUCGGCGAUGGAUAAGGAAUGCGAUAAGGCGGCACGCAUUCUUAAGAGUUUCUGUAAAGAUGGUUUUUAUACGACCGCUUCCACUUCCACUUCCACUUCCACUUCCGCGCCUGCGCCCGCGCCCGCAUCCGCGUCGACGCAAACCGCCUCGUCCACAGGUCCAAGCGGCAAAUCCAAAGCCCUAGUGAAGAUCCCGCAGUCUGCGAUCGCUAACGCGAAAGGGCUGGCCAUCUUCACCACCCUCCGGACUGGGUUUCACAUCUCCGGAGCGGGAGGCUCAGGGCUCGUUGUCGCCCGGUUACCAGAUGGCAGCUGGUCACCGCCGGCAGGAUUUCUGGUGCAUACCAUAGGUGCGGGUUUUGUUGCUGGGCUUGACAUCUAUGAUUGUGUGUGUGUUCUCAACACGUCUACUGCCGUCGAGGCUUUCACCAAACCGCGCUUGAGCUUGGGUGGUGAGAUUGCCGUCGCUGCGGGGCCCGUGGGUGCGGGGACAAGCGUCGACGCCCCUCUAGGAAAGGGUCAAAAGCCAGUAUGGAGCUACAUGAAGUCGCGGGGCUUGUACGGUGGUGUGCAAGUUGAUGGUACGGUGAUUGUGCAGCGACCCGAUGCGAACGCUGUCUUUUACGGAGUAGAUAAGAUCGAGGUGGAUAAAAUUCUGAAGGGUGAGGUCGGGAACGGUAAUCAGAACGCGAAGAACCAAAAAGGCGACAUGGUGAUGUGGCCCGAGGGUGGGAAGCAGCUGGUAGAGGUUCUCAAGGCGGUUGAGGGUAAGCGUGCUGAUGAGGGCGUUAUCAACAAGCUUGGUAGCCAACCUACACCCGGAGAUCUGGCUCCUACGCCCGUACCUUCGCCCGGCCCUGAACAACAACAUUUUCCUCGGAAUACCAACGUUGAUGAGGGGGGAAAGUAGAGUUUCCCUAGGCUAUAGCAUACGUUUUUGUUCUAUCAUCUUAUCGUGGAGCCUAAGAAAAUUAUAGCUAUGACCUCAAGUUGAUAC